GGGUGGUAGGCAUCUCUGAGCCCUGUGUCUCUUUCCUUCUGCCCUCCAAGUGACCUCACAUGCCCUUUUCUCUGCCCCGUAAGCAGCAGGAGCUCCCAACCCGUGUGAACUUCUCAGCUGCCCCAGCCCCUGCGCCCGCGGUGCCCACCGCUCUGCACUCCAAGAUGGACGAACUAGAGGGGCAGCUGCUGGCCAAGGUGCUGGCCCUGGAGAAGGAGCGCGUGGCUCUCAGUCACAGCAGCCACCGGCAGCGGCAGGAAGUGGAGAAGGAGCUGGAUGCGCUGCAGGACCGCGUAGCCGAGCUGGAACAUGGGUCCUCGGCCUACAGCCCCCCAGACGCCUUCAAGAUCAGCAUCCCCAUCCGCAACAACUACAUGUACGCCCGUGUGCGGAAGGCCCUGCCCGAGCUCUACGCCUUCACCGUCUGCAUGUGGCUGCGCUCCAGGUCGGGCGGCAGUGGCCAGGGCACGCCCUUCUCCUACUCGGUGCCUGGGCAGGCCAAUGAGAUUGUGCUGCUGGAGGCGGGCCACGACCCCAUGGAACUGCUGAUCAAUGACAAGGUGGCCCAGCUGCCUCUGAGCCUGAAGGACGAUGGCUGGCAUCACAUCUGCAUCGCCUGGACCACAAGGGAUGGCCUGUGGUCUGCCUACCAGGACGGGGAGCUGCAGGGCUCCGGGGAGAACCUGGCCGCCUGGCACCCCAUCAAGCCUCAUGGGAUCCUUAUCCUGGGCCAGGAGCAGGAUACCUUGGGUGGCCGGUUUGAUGCCACCCAGGCCUUCGUGGGUGACAUCGCCCAGUUUAACCUGUGGGACCACGCCCUGACACCGGCCCAAGUCCUGGGCAUUGCCAACUGUACCGGGCCGCUGCUGGGCAACGUCCUCCCCUGGGAAGACAAGCUGGUGGAGGCCUUCGGGGGUGCAAAAAAGGCCACCUUUGAUGUCUGCAAGGGGAGGGCCAAAGCAUGAGGGGCCACCUCAUCCAGGGUCCCUCCCUUGCCUGCCAUUUUGGGGACCUUACGGUGGGGGCACACAUUCCCUCCUCAACCUACCCACACACUGGCCUCCCCUCCUGCCCUGCUCCUGGCCAUGCCUCCUGUUUCCCCCACCUAUACCCACACCUCCAGAGCGCCCUGCCCUGCAGUGGCUGUCCCCUAACCCCACUUGGAUGGGGAUAAGCAGCUCAAGCCAACACGUCAAGCCUGCGGUGAAUCCAGAGCCUGGCGGGGGGUGGGAGCCGUGCCCACAGCACUGCCCACUGUCUGGGCGUUAUACUGGAGCUGUCUCUUACCCCCACCCACCCUGGCCCAUCAACCACGUCUGAUUCCACUGGUCUCAACAGCAUGUCCCACGGGGUUGUGUAUGGAGGAAGAGCCCACUAUCUCAGUGGUAGGCGUGGCUGUCUGCCCUCCUGUCCCCCAUGCAACAGGCCUGGCCCCUUCCCCUUCAGGGCCACAACAAGCUCUAGAGCUGUCCCCCCAGCUGAGACGGGAUGACAGAGACCUAGGAGACUCAGACUCACCCCUCCUCCAUCUUUCCACCCGUUGCCAGUGAAGGGCAAUGGGAUCUUGAUGGAGCCUCCUGCACCCUCUCUCGUCCUCCUCUUUCCUCGUUUCUUUGUGUGCAGUGGUUUGAAUGUUGGUUCCAUGCCUGGCCCACCCCCACUUCAAUUUCUAGGACAUCCCCUUCCCGGCUCCAGCCUGAGGGACCAAGACCCUGGGAGGCCAAAAGGCCAUAGUCACCCCCUUGUGCCUCCCCACAUGUGUGCUAACUGGCAGGUCACCUCUCCUCCUCUGUGCCCAGGACAGGGCCUGGGCCACUUCAGCCUGGGCUAGGAGCAGCUUGUGUCAGAGUCAUGUGCCCAGGGGACCCAGGUUCCAGCAGAGCCACAUUACCUAACCCUGUGCAUGGCCCUGCAGCCUCUGCAGAAAGAAGGAAGAAACGGAGUGGGCAAAGAGGGGAGAAGCAUGGAGUGGCGUGCAGAGCACUGGAUGAGAAGGAGCGCAUGGUUCCUAGCCAGCCCGGCUGCUCACCUGCUGUGUGGCCUUCUGUAAGGCCCUGCCCUCUCUGGCUUGGCCUUCCUCGUCUGUGAGCUGAGACCCUUGUUUUGGUCAUUUCGGAGAGCUCUCCAGAUCAAACACGACGUGGUCUGCGAUUCCAAGUGGAUAGGUUGGGGCAAGCCUGAAGCUGCCUAGGAACCAGGGGCAGAUCCUGAGAGUAGGCAGCAGAUGGGAUCUGGCUAGGCUUGGGUCACGGUCAGCAGCUGCCUCCAGAGAGCCGGGGCAAGGGCAAGGGGCAAGGCAGGCCAACCUCAUGCCCAGAUUGUAAAAACCAGCUUUUCUGGAUUCCCACCCAGCCUGGCACCUUUGCCCAUCCGAGAGGGCUGGUGGCUUCUAACUCCCCCCCCCAGCUGCCAAGUCCUCACCAGCUCCCCCCAGAGAGUGGAAGAAUGUAAAAGCUGAGAAAAGCCACCCAGUCUGACCUCUUGCUUGUAUAGAUGAGGAAGAGCUCCGAGAGGUCAAGUGACUUGCACAGGAUCACCAAUACAACGUGGCAGAACCAGGACUAGAACCCAGGGCUUCUGAUCCCCUCUUCAGUGCUCUUCCCCCCUACACCAUCCAGCGCCCAUGAGGCCUUCACCUGGGAGGAUGGAAAUUUGAAAAGAGGUCAGAAUGCUUUCCAACAUGAACAUCUUCCUUCAUGAAACACACAAACAUCUUGGCAUCCAGCGCCCUCCAGGAAGCAGGGGGAGAAGAGGGGUGGUCCCCAGGCACACUAGCAAGUGUCCCCUCUGCCAGUCACCAACGAGGUGUUGGGGCAGCCGCAGACUACCUGGCUCGAGCAGGUAGUGGUGCCUUUUUGCCUCGAUUUCUGAUCCCUGUCUCUGCUCCCCACCACCACUUACCCUGAGGCAUGAGGCAAGAGCUGCAAGCUGUGGGACGCACUGCCAUGCAGGCUUCUCCAAGACUUGUUGCCUCCAGCCCCCAGAUACUUGUUGCCAUUUCAAGAGCUCAGACAGACCGUUCAGCACCACAGGCCCAACUCCCCCUAGAAGAAGCAGCUUCAGCCAGAAGCUGCUGACACCAAGGUUGCCCCGGUGACAGCCAAUGACAUCAGCCCAAGUCCUGGGUCAAGCAUCUCUUAAUGACAUCUGUUGUUGCUGGGGUGACAGCGGAAUUCGGAACCCAGAUUCCAGGGACACUGGGCUUUAUUGGGUUUCCGUUACUGGUGUUACGGAAGCAGCUUUUGUGGAGGCUUUGGGGGAAAGAAAGGGUCUAGGAGGAAAGUGACAGAACCCGAGCCCACCCAGAGGCAUCAUCCCAAGUCCUUUAUGCUUUGUCGUGGUGAUGAUGAGACAUCUGACCUUGGUCCCGUGCUGAGUCGCCCUGGUCAGC